UUUAAAGUUUUAAAAUGUAGUUUUAGAGUGUUCAAUAAAUGUUUAUCCUGUUCACCCCGUGACCUAAGGUGUGUUCUGGAUUUUGGCCCCUGUGUGAUUGAGUUCGACCCCCCUGCUGUAGACGGAACCACCUGUAACCAAACCUGCUUGUUCCUGCAGCUCCAGGAUGCUCCAGCUGUUCCCCGGUCACAUCCAGCCAGUUGGACUCCGAGGCCGUAAAACCCGUCUGGUGACCAAAGAUGGGCACUGCAACAUUGAGUUUGGCAAUAUUGAAUACAGCAAUCACUUUGCGUACCUGGUGGACUUCUGGACCACGUUUGUGGAGAUCCGCUGGCGGUUUGUCCUCCUGCUGUUUGUGGCUGCAUUCACGGGCAGCUGGUUCAUUUUCAGUCUGCUUUGGUACUGGAUUGCAAAGAGUAACGGGGAUUUGGUUGGACAGAACCGUACCGAGGGACACGUCCAGUGUAUAGACAAUGUGAACGGUCUAACGGCGGCAUUCCUUUACUCAUUGGAGACCCAGACCACCAUUGGAUACGGCGGCAGGGCGCUAACGGGGCACUGUGCUGGCACAGUGGCUCUGAUUGUUAUCCAGUCUCUAAUCGGAGUAUUCAUCAACUGUUUUAUGUGCGGCGUCAUCUUGGCCAAAAUCUCCUUACCCAAGAAAAGGGCAAAGACCGUCACCUUCAGUGACACAGCUGUCAUCUGCUUGAAGAAAGAAAGUCUGUGUCUCCUCAUUCGAGUGGCUAAUCUUCGGAAGACGCUACUGAUUGGAAGCCAAAUCUACGGAAAGCUGCUGAGAACGACAACCACGCCAGAUGGAGAGACCAUUAUCCUGGAUCAGGUGGACGUUGACUUCAUGGUUGAUGCUGGGAAGGAUAACUUGUUCUUCGUGUGCCCGCUCACCCUCUACCACAUCAUCAACAAAUCAAGUCCCUUCUACGAGCUGUCGAAGGACACUCUUCCUCAGCAGGACUUUGAGCUGGUGGUCUUUUUGGACGGGAUGGCCGAGUCCACCAGUUCUUCCUGCCAAGUCCGGACUUCCUACGUCCCUCAGGAGAUCCAGUGGGGUUACAGCUUCCUGCCCAUCAUCUCUCGCACUAAGACGGGGAAGUACCGCGUGGAUUUCUCCAACUUUUCCAAAAGCGUCCAGGUCACCACGCCUCACUGCAUCCACUGCUUUCAGGCAGAUGUGGACCAGAAGAACCACAACAUCCACAGCAGCCAGCAGAAGCAGGGCAUCGACAACCUGGGCUUCCAAAUAAUCGACAUUCACAACCUGAUGGACGUCACCAAAAUGUGAGCUCCGUUCACGUGGACUCGGCUGGUAAAGCUGCUUCCAUCAGCGAACAGUCGAGUUAUUGUUGACUCUGUUACUUUUAAAAAAGCUGAAAGCUGAUCAUGUCAGGAUAAACAUUUAAAAAGAGCAGCAGUUGGGCUGCUCAUUACGGUCAAACCGCAGUUGGGACUUUGCACGGCGAGAGCGUAGAAGACAGUUUGAAACUCUGACACUCAAAGGGGUAAACAGUGAAAGGCACAGCGGUUGUUCUUGAAAAGAUUACGGCCUGAGCCCCUCUAAUAAAAAAAGCUGCAGUGUGAAGGCUGACACACUGGAGGUUUGCUCAUUAUUUUUACUUUAUAACACAAAUUCCUUCUGUGGGUUUUUUCAUAUUAAAAGAUGUUUCAGUAAUUAGGAAACUUGGAGCGUAGCUGUUAACACCGAGAUGUCAUGUUGGCCGGUCUGCAUGUCGUAGAUUGUAAUGUAGCACUGCAAUGUCUCAGGGAAAGUUCUGUGAGAAUAAAACUUUAACUACAAAUGGAAA